GCAGUCGAGCGGCGGCCGCGUCGCGCACCAUACACCCGCGGAGUGAUGGGCUCGAAGCUCGUUCGACAUUUUUCUAUCGGACGCCGUAGGAAUCUCACCUGACUGGUUCCCGCGCAACGCUGCGUUAGUGCGCCGCUCCGGUGAACCCUUUCGCUUGUAAAUGUGCCGAUAUUUACAUAUGCGCGCUCGAUCUCGAGUCGAACUUUCGAUCAGCGCCCGUGCGUCGAGUGGAGCUCGCGAGCUGGCAGCCGAUCGGCUACCCCAGCGCUCUCAUCUUCUGCACUACGUGCGAUGAGCUACGUGGGUCGAGGAGAAUUAUGCGUGGGGCGUGCGCGUGCGCAGUGGUGUGCGCGUUGGUCGCGUUGUGUGCGGGCGCGGGGCUGGACGAAGCGACGCGCGCUGCUGCCGAGCGGCAGCUGCUCUCGCUGCUGGGGCUGCCACGCCGGCCCGCGCGCCGCCUCGCGCCGCUGCCGCCCGUGCCCCGAGCCCUGCGUCUGCUCUACGCAGACGGGAACAUUCCCGCUGCCGCUGCGAACACCGCCCGUUCUUACCACCACACUCCCACCGAUCUCGACAACCGGUUCCCGGCCGAACAUCGGUUCCGACUUUACUUCAAUUUAAGUGGCGUUCCAGUCGACGAGGUCGCACGCGGAGCCGAACUGACUUUCCAAAGAGCGCCCGGUGCUAUCGGUGAUCAGCGUCUGCUGCUGUAUGACAUUGUUCGACCCGGAUGCCGUGGCAAAACUGAACCGAUACUACGACUCCUCGACUCUGUGCUUCUAACGCCCGACAAGGGCAUAGUUAAAACGGACGCCCUCAGUGCCGCGCGUCGAUGGCUUUUGGAGCCAAAAGACAAUCAUGGACUAUUAGUGCGUGUUAUAGACGAAAAUGAGCGAAAAAUGGACGCUAAAGUGCCACAUGUGAGAGUGCGUAGACGUGCAUCAGAGGAUGAAGAAGAGUGGAACACAGUGCAGCCCCUGUUGUUGCUGUAUACUGAGGACGCACGAGCGAGAGAAGCCCGGGAAAAUGGUGAGACUCGACUAACGAGAAAGAAAAGAGCGGCCCGAAGAGGCCAUCGCUCGCAUCACCAUCGUAAAGAGGCGCGAGAGAUCUGCCAAAGGCGACCUCUGUACGUCGAUUUCGCGGAGGUGGGCUGGAGCGACUGGAUUGUGGCCCCGCACGGGUAUGAUGCGUAUUACUGUCAGGGCGACUGUCCGUUCCCUUUGGCAGAUCACCUCAAUGGGACAAAUCAUGCCAUCGUACAAACACUCGUCAACUCUGUAAACCCGGCGGCAGUCCCUAAGGCGUGUUGCGUACCCACCCAACUUUCGCCCAUUUCUAUGCUUUAUAUGGACGAAUUAAAUAAUGUGGUGCUCAAAAAUUAUCAGGACAUGAUGGUAGUAGGAUGUGGCUGCCGAUGACGAAGGCAUGCCCACAAACGGUGCGGACCUAGUGAUAAACUCGUGGACCCAGUGUACAUAUAGUAGCGGCCUCGACAUUGUACAUAUCUGUGUGUGUAUAUAUACGUGUAAUUAUUAUUUUAUUCAAACGAAAAUAUAAUAAAUCAUAUAAUUCUGA